AUGUCCAUGAGGAGCCCCAUCUCUGCCAAGCUGGCCCUGGAUGGUGUUGGCACCAUGGUGAACUGUACCAUCAAGUCGGAGGAGAAGAAAGAGACUUGCCACGAGCCUCCCCAGGGGUCGGCCGCUGCAGCGGAACCCCAGCCUGGAGACCCGGCCCAGGCCCCCCAAGAUGGCACUGAUCCCCCAGCUCCAACCCAGGACUGUAGCUCUCCUGAGAGCAAUGGGUCCCCAGAACCCAAGAGACCAGGAGCCACUGAGGCUGCUUCUGGAAGCCAGGAGAAAUUGGACUUCAACCGAAAUUUGAAAGAAGUUGUGCCAGCCAUUGAGAAACUGCUGUCCAGUGACUGGAAGGAACGGUUUCUGGGAAGGAGUUCUAUGGAGACCAAAGAUGUCAAAGGGACCCAGGAGAGCCUGGCAGAGAAGGAGCUCCAACUUUUGGUCAUGAUCCAUCAACUGUCCACCCUUCGGGACCAGCUCCUGACAGCCCAUUCAGAGCAGAAGAACAUGGCUGCUAUGCUCUUUGAGAAGCAGCAGCAGCAGAUGGAGCUGGCCCGGCAGCAACAGGAGCAGAUUGCUAAGCAGCAGCAGCAGCUAAUCCAGCAGCAGCAUAAGAUCAACCUCCUUCAGCAGCAGAUACAGCAGGUCAACAUGCCUUAUGUCAUGAUCCCAGCCUUCCCCCCAAGUCACCAGCCUCUGCCUGUCACCCCUGACUCUCAGCUGGCUUUGCCCAUUCAGCCCAUCCCCUGCAAACCAGUGGAGUAUCCGCUACAGCUGCUGCACAGCCCCCCUACCUCGGUGGUGAAGAGACCUGGGGCCAUGGCUGGCCACCACCCCCUGCAGGAGCCCUCCCAGCCCCUGAACCUCACAGCCAAGCCCAAGGCCCCUGAGCUGUCCAACACUUCCAGCUCCCCCAGCCUGAAGAUGAGCAACUGUGGACCCCGACCCCCGAGUCAUGGGGCCCCUACGCGGGACCUACAGGCUAGUCCCCCAAACCUGCCUCUAGGCUUCCUUGGUGAAGGGGACGCUGUCACCAAAGCCAUCCAGGAUGCUCGGCAGCUGCUGCAUGGCCACAGUGGGGCCUUGGAAAGCUCCCCCAGUACUCCCUUCCGUAAAGACCUCAUUAGCCUGGACUCAUCCCCAGCCAAGGAGCGGCUGGAGGAGGCCUGUGUGCACCCACUGGAAGAGGCCAUGCUGAGUUGCGACAUGGACGGCUCCCGCCACUUCCCCGAGUCCCGGAACAGCAGCCACAUCAAGAGGCCUAUGAAUGCCUUUAUGGUGUGGGCCAAGGACGAACGGCGAAAGAUUCUCCAAGCCUUUCCAGACAUGCACAACUCCAGCAUCAGCAAGAUCCUCGGCUCCCGCUGGAAGGCCAUGACCAACCAGGAGAAGCAGCCCUACUACGAGGAGCAGGCGAGGCUGAGCCGACAGCACUUGGAGAAGUACCCAGACUACAAGUACAAGCCACGGCCCAAGCGCACCUGCAUCGUGGAAGGCAAGAGGUUGCGGGUGGGCGAGUACAAGGCCCUGAUGAGGACCAGGCGCCAGGACGCCCGCCAGAGCUAUGUCAUCCCCCCGCAGACCGGCCAGGUGCAGCUGAGCUCUGCAGAUGUCCUGUACCCGCGGGCAGCAGGCAUGAGCCUGGCACAGCCUCUGGUGGAGCGCUAUGUGUCGCGGAACCUGGACCCCAACAUGCCUGUCAUCGUCAACACCUGCAGCCUCAGGGAGGAGGGUGAGGGGGCUGAGGACAGGCACUCGGUGGCUGAUGGUGAGAUGUACCGGUACAGCGAGGAUGAAGAUUCAGAGGCUGAGGAGAAGAGCGACGGGGAGUUGGUGGUGCUCACAGACUGAACCCGACUGCCUGGAUUGGG